AUGCCUUACUGUGCCAGAUGCGCCCGCUCCUUCAAGAACAAUCAAGCGUUAUGGCAGCAUGAGGAGAAUUCCGGCAUGCACAACGUUUGUCGCGAGUGCGAGGUAGACUUUGGUUCCGAGUCAGAGCUCAUCUCACAUUACGAGGAUGAGCAUUAUUACUGUGAUUCAUGCGAGGAGCUAUUUGACUCAGAAUCAGAGUUGGAAGACCACAAUGAGGAGGCGCACUGGUAUUGCAGAUCGUGCGAGCGCUUUUUCAAGGACGAGAACAGCCUCAACUAUCAUCUCCGCUCCUCCAUUCACCGGCCGCGCGCAUACGCCUGCCCAGGACGAAAGUGCACGAAGGCCUUUACCUCUCACGCCGCGCUCGUGAACCAUUGGGAGUCCGGGGCCUGCCCUUCGGGUGUCACCCGCGAGAGUGUUAAUCGUGUGGCCGCCAAGCUGGACAAGACUGGUCUCAUCACGAACCCCACACGUCUUCUUGGCGGACCCAGUGGGCGUGGGGAAAGCGUCGUCACGCAGGUGUGGGCUACAGAGCGGUCGUGGAAUGGAGAGGAGUACGAGUGCUUCCUCUGCCAUCGCGGAUUCCGCUCGCUCCUCGCGCUCAAUGCACACCUCCAGAGCCCCGUGCAUGCGGACAAGGGGUACCGCUGCCCGAAGACGUGGCGCGGCUGUGGGAAGGAGUUCAAGACGCUCAGUGCUCUCUGCCAGCACGUGGAGAGCGAGCAAUGCGGGGUGCGGCGUUUCAGCAAAGAGAUGCAGAACGUCAUCGAGUCGAUGUCGAGUAAGAUGAAGAAGAUCACUCUUUGA